AUGGAUGUCGACUUGUCGUCCCUGGCUAUCUUCAUCCUUGUACUUCUUUCAAUCGUUGCUGUCCUUGCAGUUCUUGGUAAUGGCUUCGUUCUAGGUAUUGUUGCUCGGUUUAAGACAUUUCGCACCUUUCCAAACAUUCUGAUAGCCAAUCUAGCUUUGAUCGAUUUUUUCAACGCGCUCAUCAACAUACCUAUUUACCUGCUUUGGGCUGUCCUGAACGUAGAAUGGUUUACAGGAAAGGCUGUGGCAACUAUUUCACUGCUUCUGUCACGCCUCUUUAUCAUUCUCAACAUCGUCUCCAUGGUGGUGCUGCUCGUAAAUGUGUUUCUAGCGAUAGAACUGGACCUAAAAUAUUACACAUGGAAGACGAAUGAAAAAGCAGUGAAAAUAGUCCUUGUAGAAUGGGUGGUCUGUGUCAUCGCAAUUGCUUUGUUGUCGUGGUUUGAUUCUGAUAUCGACCUCCAAGAUGCCUCUGUUGUCAGAUAUCGUCGUUCCAUGUUAAAUAAAUCCCAAAAGGUCUUUGCGGUGAUCAUCGCAGUUUUCAUUUUCUCUGCGAUAACAUUCGGCGUCCUGGUUUUCUCCUCAAUUCAAAGAAAGAAACGGCAGGUGAGAUCACAAAUGUCAGUAUUCUUUUUUUCCUUUUUCAAUCACCAGGUUUUCCUGUGUAACCCUUUUAACAGGAUGGCGGGCUGCCUAGAAUUUGUACAGUCUCGAAGUCUUUCCUUCCCAUGACCUAUGAUUGACGCUCACACAUAAACGGGCAAGCGUAGCAACGUUCACGGCUUAAUUGCGUUCAUUAAUUCUUACAUAGGUGAUCAUUGCAGCAUCUCAAUAUUUCCAUUUCUAGUAUAUAUUUCCUCCAUUCACAACUAAGGAAAAGAUAUUAUGAUUCUCGGCUGCUUAUAAAUCUUCAAGGAAACUGAAAAUACUCUUAUAAGGCUUCCUUUCCACCACGCGUAGAAUUAUGUUGCAUGAAUUCAAGUUUUAGCCUGAUUAUCUAUGGCGUUCUUUCAUAGAGAAAGCGUUUAAAUCUACCUCGACUCCAAGCUGAGGCCAGACUUCAAUGUGAUGCCCAGGCUGCCAAAACUGUCAUCAUUACUGUCCUCGCAUUCCUAGGGUGCUACAUUUCGCCCGUCUGCUUUGCAAUCUUGGCUCCUCCCGAGCCCGAUGAUACCACUAUGGAUUGGCGUGGCCACCUAGCCUACUUUUCAAACUUCUUGUCUAGCGGGAUCAACCCUGUUAUCUAUAGUUUCCGCGCCAGAAGGUUUCGCUGUGCCCUGAAACAGCUUCUACAAGAUCCCUGUGGAAAAACGGCUUUCCGAGAAAAAAAACAAGAACAACGAGUCAAAAAGGAUGUUCCACACCAGAAUGCGAGCGUGGCUGAAGAGGGCAAAGAAAUUGCGAUUGAACUUGGCCAGUUUAGGCAGGAUCCUUCAGCUUGCUCAUCCAACAGCUGCACACGUCAACUUGGUCAAAAAGGACGAGGCUGUAGAAGGGAGGAAAACAGAAAAGAAAGAGGACGGUGUCCGCGUAAUCAGAUCAUGCCCUCCUCAUCACAGGAUGCCCAACGUCCGAUCAACUCACAGUUAGCGUGGCUUGAUAACCAUCCCGCUGACUCUGCAGGGACAAGCUCCGGAAAAGAACGUCCAAAGUGCAGAGAGGAUUACACACAAAAUAAAAUAAAUAUGGAGGUACAUCCAGAACCUAACGACCGAUCAUCGAAACAGGAAAAUGAAGAAAAUCUCACAACACCUAAUGAGAACGGUUCCAAGGGGGAAUGUAAUGAUUUACUCAGAUCCCCUGACAAUCCAUCAAACCAGAAAACGAUAAAAAUUCCAGUGGCUAUGGUAGAAGACAACAAUGGAAACGCCGUUGUGACGAUGUCUAAAACAGAUCCUAUGAGCCAUUUAUCAAACCCCAUAGUAAUGGAUAGUCCUGCGGCUAUUGAGCAGGGGCACCCAACGAGAAUAUAG